ACCCCAUUCAAGUGGAAUACUGAACACCCAGAAGCCUACAUUGACGACACAUCUUCUUGUUUGCUUCUUGUUGUUCUAUUGUAGGCUGCAGGCCUGUUCAGGUUUUUUCCUUGUGUGUCAAGUGAUCGCAACGACACGAAAGAACACCAAAUAUGGCACCGCCAUACUUUCCCCCGUCAACCAAUGGCCAAGAUACCGCGCCGUCAAAGACAUACUACGAGCAACAGCGCGAAUUGCUCGUCACUGAAAUUGCCCAAAGUCUAGAAGUCGUCCUGCAAAACAUCAACAAGUUGAACCGUUCGCUCGAAGAAGUCACAUCAGUCGGCAACGAGUUCGCACCCGUCGAGUCGCUAUGGAGUCACUUUGAAAACGUCAUGGCCAAGGACCCGAGUGAACAACAAGAAGGCGCACAGGAGGGCGCGACCGAACACGAAGGCGAGACGGAAGUGCCUCAGGAUCGGAAAUGAGCGGUGGCAGGGAGACACCUUGUUAGCCCGCGAUAAACAACAACGCGCCCGGAGGUGCACGGCCAGCCGUCGAACAGACCAUGGCGAUAAUGGGUAUGAUGUAAUGAUACCCCGGAGCGAGUCAUUGGUACAGUGCGCGACACCAAGGGAUCGCAGUGUUCACGUUGUAUGAUACCUCUACAUAGAAGAUACACCGAGUGUAUGAUACUAGAGACUAAGGUAUGCACUAUUUUACGUGCCAUGUACUUUUGGGCGAAAGCGUUUAUGAAGGCGGUCAACGACACGAGUUCUGUCAUCGGCUAGUGACGAUCAAUUUGGAGAAAACAGGUUUCAGAAAUAUGUUUGAUUUACUUCCUAGGCGCAGGC